AUGAAAAUUUUAAUAAUUUAUGUGGCAUCAAUAGCGGUAUUCUAUUUCGUUGAUAAAUCAUUGGAUCUCUAAUUUAUUGAAUCAGAAAAAUUAAGCCGAAAAUGUGAAACAAAAUUAGAUAAUAAUGAAACUACAUAGAUUUGUGGGCAUAUAUGGGAAUCUAAUGAAACAAUGGUUACUUUUUAUUUUCGUACGGCAGAGCAUACAUCAUAGAAAUCUGAUAUAAGGAUUUAUUACUAAUAAAUACCUGCACAAGAAGCACUUAACAUUACUGAAUUAAUUUAGAUUGAUACAAAUAUACUAUUUCCUGAUAAUUUAGUUGGAAUUGAGAAACAUCAUUUAAAAGCUUUAUUUUAUGAGUUUAAAACAAGAGAUACAGAUGGAAAUGAAAAUUAUUUAAUGACACCUGAAUUAAUGAAAGUUUCUACUUAUGUUAUAUUUGUAAAGAAUUAUGACAUAGAAUUAGAAGCUUAUUUUAAAAAUAAUUUAAAAUAUUUAGAAGACUCAUUUGUCACAUUCUUGUGUUUUGUCAUUUUGGCAUUGGCAAUUAAAAUGAUUAAUGAAGAAGAAGAAAAUCUUUUACCAUUAGGAAAAUAUAUAAGAGAGAAUUAACAUCAUAUGCUCUUAAUGAUAAUUCUAAUAGCUUAACCACUUAGACCAUUGUGUUAUUUUCCAGAAUUUGAAGCGAUAGAAUGGCUGAUUGGAUAAACUUGUUAUGCAGUAGGGGAAUUUUUAUUCUUAAGAUACUUCUUGUAAGUUCUUUCAUUCUUGAAAGGUCAUGAUAAUAAUACAAAUAAAAUUAGAAAUACGAUAAUUACAAUAUUUGUCAUUAUUCCAAUUAGUAUAGAUAGAUGGAUGAUAGCUUUUGAAAAUCAAUAAUUUGUCAUUAAAGAUCUAGAAAAUCAAGUUAAUAAUAUUCAUACAAUAAUGGUAUUGUGUUGGAUGUGCUUUUUAGUGUAUGUGAGUAUUUUUACUUAUGAAGUAAUGAUUAGUUUUCAUUAACAUUUAAUAAGUAAGUAAAUAAUGUAUAAAAUUUUUUAGGACUUGAUUUAUUUCUAAUUGACAUAAUCUUUUUUAUUGUCUAUUCAUUUUAGAAGAGUUAAUUUUACUUGUAUUAUGAAAGAUUUGAUCAUCAUUUGUUUAAUCCAAUAAAUAUGUUGAUGAUGGUUUCUUACAUAGCAAUAUUAUUGGUAAUUGAUUUAAGAAAGCAGACUGAGAAAGAAAACGAAUUAUAGCCUGUUAAAUAAUAAGAUGAAGAACAUGGGGACAAUCUUGAAUUUACAAUAGCUGAAUAUUAUAGGGAGAAAGCCAAUGAUGAUCAAACAUUAAUUUGA